AUGUAUUUGGGCCCAGUAGAAAUCGACCCUUGUUUGAAUACAGGGGACAUUGCUAUCUCUCCCAAUGAGGUCAUCUUAGCGGUCAUCUUAGAGAUGGCUGGAGGAGGUGACCCUAAAUGGCAGAAGGAUGCUGGAGACCAAAACUUCGACUACAUGUUCAAGCUGUUGAUUAUUGGAAACAGUUCCGUCGGAAAGACUAGUUUUCUGUUUCGCUACGCGGACGACUCAUUUACUUCAGCGUUCGUGUCUACUGUGGGCAUCGACUUCAAGGUUAAAACCGUCUUCCGCCACGACAAACGUGUUAAACUUCAGAUAUGGGACACCGCGGGUCAAGAGCGCUAUCGCACAAUCACGACGGCGUACUACCGCGGGGCAAUGGGCUUCAUACUAAUGUACGAUAUUACAAAUGAAGAGAGCUUCAACAGUGUUCAAGACUGGGUGACACAAAUCAAGACGUAUUCGUGGGACAACGCCCAGGUGAUCCUAGUUGGCAACAAAUGCGAUAUGGAAGAAGAGCGCGUCAUCAGCCAGGAACGUGGUAAACAGCUGGCUGAUCAGCUGGGCGUGGAGUUCUUCGAGACCAGUGCUAAAGAGAAUGUCAAUGUCAAGACGGUGUUCGAGCGGUUAGUGGAUAUAAUCUGCGAUAAAAUGUCAGAGAGUCUGGAUUCGGAGCCACAGAACAUGCUAGGUGGCGGCGCGCGCGGCCAGAAACUGACAGAACAACCCCAAGGAAACGGCAACCCCAAUUGCAACUGUUAA